CCUUGCGCGAGGGGGCCUGACGCGGCCUCGAGCGCUCGUCCAUCUCGUCACUUCGUCCUUUGUCGGCCACGAUGCUGCCAACCUCUCCUGACGACGAUCCGCCGUGAUUCUGUCGCCCUCUCUGCAGCGCGUGUUGCUUCGCGCCUUUGCUGAGCAUCGCUCCAACGAGACGUCCCGCAUUCCCGGGGCCCACCCACCAUGAUAGCAUCCCCGCGAAGGCUGCUGCCCUUGCUUGCCCUCACCACCGUCGCCUUCUUCUUCUACCUGUACUACGCCACCAACGUUCAAGAAUCCUGGCGAGGCCUGCCGCAAGCCAUUGGCCUGGGCGAGUCGACGGUCGAGGCGCAGGAUAAUGGCACUGCCGCCGACGCCGAUGAGCUCGGCGAGGAUGAAGACGAUAUGGAGUCCAUUUCCGUCCCGACAGCGUGGAGCGCCAGGCCCGACUUCCGACCGGGCGUCGGAUUGCCGCUAGGGCAGAACGCCACGACGGUGCUGGUCAUUCCGCGGACGCAUGACGAGGACGUGAGCUGGAUCGAGAAGCACCUGCCCGAGGUCGAGACGGCCGUCUAUGUGGCCGACGACCCGCGGGCCAAACUACACCCGCCCAAGAACAAGGGCCACGAGGUCAUGGUCUACCUGAGCUGGAUCAUCGACAACUACGAGAAACUGCCCGACGUAGCCCUCUUCAUGCACUCGCACCGGCUGGCGUGGCACAAUAACGACGCGCUCGACUUGGAUGCGGUGGAAAUGGUGCGGCGGCUGAACCGUAACCGGGUACUGCGCGAAGGCUACAUGAACCUGCGGUGCCACUGGACGCCGGGGUGCCCCGACUGGAUGCAUCCCGGCGAGAUUGAGGACGAUGCGACCAAGCGUGAGCAGAAGCUGCUGGCCAAGGCGUGGAGCGAGCUGUUCCCGCUGGACCCGAUCCCGGACGUGCUAGCGCAGCCGUGCUGCUCGCAGUUUGCGCUGAGCCGGGACCGCAUCCGGUCGAUCCCCGUGCAGCGCUUCACGGCAUACCGCGACUGGCUGCUGCGAUCGCCGCUGGACGACGCGCUGUCGGGCCGCAUCUGGGAGUACAUGUGGCAGUUCGUCUUUGCCGGGGCCAACGUGCUGUGCCCGAUACAGCACGUGUGCUACUGCGACGGCUACGGCGUUUGCUUUGGCAACGACGAGCUCUACAACAUGUGGAUCGACCAGCGGAUGCAGCUGCGCGACCUCGAGCUCGAGCUGAACGGAUGGCAUGAGCAGCAGCGCGCCGUGCACGCGGCCAUGCAGGGCGGGCAGAUUGAUGAGCUGGCCGAUCUCCAGGUGCCAGAGGUCGGACGCGACAUCUUCCUCGGGCGCGAGAUUGAGAAGCUGAGGUUCGUGCUACGACAGAAGCUGGAGGAUGCGGUUCAGCGCGGCAAGGACCCACGCAUCCGGGCAGAGGACUGUGGGCGCGAGUGGCACGAAGGAGACGGGUUUUAGGAUAAUGAAUUGUUUUUUGAGGCGUUUGGGAUCGGGGAUGGGAACGGCGCACAUAUGGCAUGGCGGGCGGGAUCUCU